CGUCAUACACGUGUGACACGGGAGAGACGAAGGUGAAGAGGAGUUCAGACAUGUCUUUUUUUUCUUCUUUUCUUCUCUGAAACCUGGAACCGUCCGACGGGUGACGUGACGCAUGCACGUUCCGGAGUUUUGUUCCGUUAAAUCAGAGGUCACGUGGUCAACAUGCUCAUCGUAGGAGGUCUGGUUCGGUCCAGAGUCCUGUGGCUCCGUGGACCAGCCGCAGGACUUUUCAGGUGGACCGGACGGGCUGCCGCUUCUGUACCUGAGUCACAUGUGAGGAGCUUGUCCGGGGUGGGCGGGGACAGCGGCGCAGGUGGAUGGUACAACAGCCUGUCGCACUCCGAGCCGGUUCACCUGUGCGAACAAUUCCUGGUUGGAGUCCAGCAGGUGAGCGGGUUGCCGUGGUGGCUGAGUGUUGUCAUGGCAACGAUCUCAGUCAGGACCUUCGUCACCCUGCCGCUCGCCGCCUACCAGCUACGUAUCCUCAGCAAGGUGGAGGUGCUGCAGGGGGAGAUCUCGGAGUUGGCCAAGAGGCUUCGCUACGAAGUGUCGGUCCUAGCGCGCGAGAGAGGCUGGACGGACAAACAGUGCCGGGUCCAGUUCCAUAAGAACCUUCGUCGUCUGGUCUCUCAGCUCUACAUCCGGGACAACUGCCACCCUUUCAAAGCCAGUGUCCUGAUUUGGGUCCAGUUGCCCCUCUGGGUCAGUUUUUCUCUGGCUCUUCGGAACCUGAGCACGAGCCAGUCAGCCCUGCAGGGUGAGCUGGCGGCAGGAGGUGCUUUGUGGUUCCCUGACCUCACUGUACCUGACUCCACCUGGAUCCUGCCGGUGUGUCUGGGUCUCACCAACCUGGUCAUCGUGGAGGUGUUUUCUCUGCAGCGAGUCAGAGCGGCGUCACGUUUCCAGCGCCUGGUUCUGAACGGGAUCAGAGGCUUCUCCGUUCUGAUGAUCCCCAUCGCUGCCACCGUCCCGUCUUGCAUGGCUCUGUACUGGUUAUGCUCCAGUCUGGUCGGGUUCAGCCAGAACCUCCUCCUUCGAUCACCGAAGAUUCACAGACUCCUGCGACUGCAGACUCGGCGAUCCAAUUCUCCUUACAAAGACCUGCUGGCCGCCUUCAUGGCCAAGUACUGCAAGUAGAUACUAUGGAGUACUGCAGAGUACCAUGGAGUUCUUUAAGAGCUCUACAGAGACUGAGUUCUGAAGGGUUCUAGAGGCUGCAGCCGGUUCUGCAGGGAGAAGCUGAUCCAGUUUUACAACAAGAAGAACGAUGAAGAGUUUCCUGUUUUGUUUAAAUCAGUUCAAACGUCAAAGUUCUGUUUGUUUCUUCAGAGUUCUGACGGUUGACUGGAACAUGAAGUUCUGUUUGAUGAAGGAAUGUGACCUCCGUUCCAUAAAAAGUCCCCGAAACAAAAACAGGAAGGGAAUCACGUGACCUCCUCUCGGGAAGUUUCCUGUUAUUCCCACGGACUGAGUCUGGACCGGUCUGGUACCUGAAACUGGAUCAGACGGAGAACUUCACCAGAACAAAGAUGCGGUCGGGUGCUCUAAUCUGUAA